AUGUCUACUCCACCACGUACCAUUGUCAUUGGAGGCGGCUUGGCUGGCCUGAGCGCUGCCCAUACUUUGCUGGAGAACGGAGCCGCAGUGCUGCUGCUCGACAAGAAACCAUCUCUUGGUGGGAACUCUGUCAAAGCGAGUUCUGGAAUCAACGGUGCUGGGACUGAAGCGCAAGCCAAGUAUGAUAUCAAGGAUACAGUCGAGGACUUUAUCAAGGAUACCACUGCAUCUGCUGGCCAUCUCGCUCGUCCAAAUCUCAUCCAAGCCUUGACAUCCAACUCGGCGCCAGCUCUCUCAUGGUUGUCCACCAAGUUCGGCGUCGACCUUUCACUUGUGGCCCGCUUGGGCGGGCACUCUAUUCCGCGAACGCAUCGAGGAAAAGGCGGCGCGCCAGGUUGGGCCAUUACUUCGGCGCUGAUCAAGAAGCUCGAGCAGGAACCUAAUGCCUCGAUUGUCAAGUCUGCAAAGGUAUUGCGCCUGUUGGAGGAAUCAGGCAGGGUAUAUGGUGUUGAGUAUGAGACUGAGGGAAGUAAGGUCGAGGCAGAGGGUCCGGUUAUCAUAGCUACAGGAGGUUAUGCAGCAGAUUUUUCGUCGUCAGGAUACCUGACUCAAUAUCGUUCUGAUCUCCUCACGCUACCCACGACGAACGGCGACCACGCUACCGGCGACGGACACCGCAUGGCGACAUCCCUCUCCUUACCCGCCGCGCUAUGCGACAUGGACCAAGUCCAGGUCCACCCGACAGGGUUCGUCGACCCUGCCAACCCAGAUGCCAAGACCAAGUUCCUGGCUGCCGAGGCUCUGCGCGGUGUCGGCGGGAUCCUCAUCAACAACACUGGCUCGCGGUUCGUGAAUGAGAUAGACCGACGUGAUGUGGUGACUACAAAGAUGCAGAGCGUCAUCGAUGCAGGCAAAGGUCCGGUCCGGUUGAUAUUGAAUUCGGAUGCUGCGACCGAGUUGAAGGCGCAUUGUGAUUUUUAUGUGGCCAAAGGGCUGAUGAAGAGGUAUGAGGGUGCGGCGGCUUUGGCGAAGGAUAUGGGCGUUCCGGUGGAUAGUUUGAAGAAGACGUUUGAGGCUCAUGGUAGGUAUGCGAGGAAUGAGGAAACGGAUCCGUUUGGAAAGACAUUCUUCCACAACCCGACGUUUGACCCGGAGGCGCCAAUAUUGGUUGCGUUGAUGACACCUGUCGUACACUAUACAAUGGGUGGAAUACAGAUUGAUGAAAAGGCGCGAGUUCUCCACGCAGACGGCUCGCCCGUCUCGGGGCUGUUUGCAGCUGGCGAGGCUAUUGGUGGUGUCCACGGACAGAACAGGCUUGGAGGCUCGUCACUGCUAGAGGCUGUUGUAUUCGGACGGAUUGCGGGGACGUCGGCAUCGUCCUAG